CAAGGAAGGGUCGGAAGUGGUUUGUGCUGCUGCUAUGGCAAAAAGGAAACUAAAAAAGUCCAAAGAAACAUCUUCAGUCGUAGGGGGGAAGCGGACAAACACAAAAGAAAUGACACAACCAGAGAAAAAUAUGUUUCCCCUUGCUGCUCUUGCUUUAUUUGUAGCCGUUUGCGUGGUGCCGCUGACAGCCGAAAUAUCUACCUCUGGCCACCCUCAUCGAAGACGCAUAGUCCUGAAGAUGGAUGAGGCAAGUCUGACAGUCAGCAAUGAGCUGGACACUGAGGUGGUGGUGUACUGGGUGUCACAGCGGUGCUAUCAGUGUUUGUACCAGCAGCUAGGGGUGGUAUCCGCAGGAUCCAGUCCUGGCCAUCCCAGUUCGGCAGACUUUGUUGUGAGCACACAGCAUGAAAUUACAUUACAGCUCAACAACACUAGAAGCCAGGAGCUCUGCAAUGUUCCAUUCCACUUUGGGGAACAUGGGAACUACUCUCUGUGGGUGAAAAAUCUGAACAACUCCUCCACGGUCAACUGCUCCAUAGUGACUGAUGAGAAGCCUGUCAACAGCUACAUACCAAUCCUAGUAGCUUUUCUCAUCUUUGCUGGACUGGCAUUGGCAUCUGCCAUUGGAACAAAAUUAUUAGGGCUCGACCUAGUGAAGGGUAUCCUCUUCCGAAUUAGCGGCACCAUGGAGACAGAGAGGCUCAUCAACUCUGAACUGGGCUCCCCUGGCAGGACAGUGUCACUAGUUGCUGACAACAUCCUCCCUCCACCACCCAGCCCCAGCAAGAGGCUGCGCUCCCUGGACACAUUUAGAGGUAUCUCCUUAGUCAUUAUGGUGUUUGUGAACUACGGAGGUGGACGAUACUGGUUCUUUAGACAUGAAAGCUGGAAUGGCCUCACUGUCGCAGAUCUAGUCUUCCCUUGGUUUGUCUUUAUAAUGGGGACGUCCAUCGCGCUGUCAAUCAACGCCCUGCUCCGUGCGGGCUCCACACGCCGCUCACUGCUAUGGAAGGUCGUGUGGAGGAGCCUGCAGCUCUUCCUCAUUGGCCUCUUUAUCAUCAACCCAAACUACUGCCAAGGAACAUUGUCUUUUGACAACCUGCGGAUCCCUGGUGUGUUGCAGCGCCUGGCCUGGACAUACUUAACUGUAGCCUGCCUGGAUCUGUUGGUGGCGAGAGGUUUGAUUGAAGAGUGUCUCUGUUCUCCAGGAUGCUUGGUGGUCCCUGCCCUUGACAUCUUGCUGUACUGGCCAGCCUGGCUGUGUGUGCUUCUCUUAGAAGUCGUCUGGCUAUGCCUCACUUUCCUACUUCCUGUUCCAGGUUGCCCAAGAGGCUACCUGGGUCCAGGUGGGAUCGGGGACAUGGGCCUGUAUGCUAACUGCACCGGUGGCGCGGCUGGUUACAUUGACCGAUGGCUGCUUGGAGAGAGCCACAUCUACCAGAAUCCCUCUUCACGGAUGAUUUAUGCAACUCGUAUGCCAUACGAUCCAGAAGGUGUUCUUGGCAGCAUUAAUUCUAUCCUCAUGGCUUUUCUUGGAUUACAGGCAGGAAAAAUUAUCUUACACUACAGAGAUCUCCACAGAAGUAUAAUGUCAAGGUUUCUGGUAUGGGGUCUUGUAUUGGGAGUCAUAUCAGCAGUUCUGACCAAGUGUUCCACAGACCAGGGCUUCAUUCCUGUUAACAAGAACUUAUGGUCACUGUCCUAUGUGACGACGCUGGCCUGCUUUGCAUAUGUGCUGCUAGUGCUGGUCUACUACACCGUGGAUGUGAAGAAGUGGUGGUCUGGAGCACCUUUCUACUACCCUGGUAUGAACUCCAUCCUUGUGUACGUGGGUCACGAAGUGUUUGAGGACUACUUCCCCUUCCGCUGGCGCAUGGUCAACAGCCAAUCCCACGCCGAACACCUGACCCAGAACCUCGUGGCUACUUCCUGUUGGGUCUUGAUCUCCUACUUGUUCUACAGAAAGAAGGUUUUCUGGAAAAUUUAGAAGUGGAGCCUCUGAAUAAUGGGACAUUCAGACAGCAAUACCAGAGGACAUUGUUUACUGUUGCUGGAGUUUAAAUCUAAAAACUUUUGGAAAGCGGGAAAUGCGAUACUCAUUUUGUUUUGUUAAAAUGACCUAUGGUUGUUCUCUGUCAUCUUCUGUCAAAACAGCACAUCCUUUAUAUUUUUGAUUUUCUUUUUGAUUUUUUUAGUCACUACUUUAAAGGACCAUACAUGUUUAAAGAUAUUUUCCAAAGAUCCUCAGAUAUGAAGCAGCUGACCCCUGCUAAAUAUCUUAACUGACUCAGGAACAACUUGUCAAAGAACACUUUGAGAACUGUGCAAACUGACAGUGUUAAUUUGCUAUCUGACUGGGCUUUAGAUGCUGGUUUUCAUUCCUCAUAUUGUACCACAGACAACAGCGGGUUAACCAGCCCUAGGUGACUUCCCCUUGGGAAAAUCCCUGCUGCCAUCUUAUGUACUGUCGCGUUACUCUGAAAACUGAAGUGGGUUUUUGUGAGAUUGACAGGAGCAGCAGGAGGAGGCGUUAAAUUAUGUACCCUCGAGAGAAAGGACUAACAAGAAUGUAGUAUGAUCCUCCGUCAUUUCCUCUGCACAGUGGAAGGUGGAGGUGAUACUUAAACAAGGGUAAAACAGAAUGCAGAGAUUUUAACAUAUGAAAGUUAAACAUCUGCAAUAUAUCAUUCCUCAGCUGUCAGUUUUCCAUUUGCAAUCCUUGCUCAGCAGGAGUCCAGUGGUGUGACAUAUGUUGCUGAGGGGAAGUGAAGGAGGGCAUGUCAGAUGACUAAUGAAACCCACUGGAGGUUUCUUGCUUUGCAGUUUGGCCAAUGCAGAAGCAUGAAUGUGUAUGAGUUCAUCUUUUUGAUCAGGUGUUCAAAAAAAUAAGUCACAGAACUGACUUUUUUAUUUUGCUACACAUGCCAUUUUUUAUGUUACCAUUGGCAGAAAUUGUUUCCCCUUCUCUUGCCAAAAGUUUGCUAUUAUUGAGUCACCAGUUUUUCACAUUUUGUCAAAUGUUUAAUGAGUUCAUAGAAAGCUAUUAUACUGUAUGUUGCACGUGUACAGUAGUUUAAUUAUGAGAUUUAGAAAGAUAUAUUUGAUCAUGUCUUUUCUCACUAUAAAACUGUUGCCAUUACUCCCACAGUACUGUAAAAAUCCCCCCCCCCCCUUCCUAAGAUUGGCAGUUAAUAUUAAGAUUACAUUUAUUAACAUGUUUAACAAAAUCAUGGUUAAAAUGUGGAAUAUCUGAAUGCUGUGAGAGAUUUUGGAAGAACUGUUCAUCUAGUACUGUCAAAAUUGAUUAAAUUAGUUUUGCCAGACUUUUAUACAUUUAUUUUUUAUAUUCACCAUUGAAAACCACUUGAAAAUAAGUUUAUGUAAUAAAAUAUAUUCCAAAAUA